AUGCUCCGAGCCAAGCGCCAAAACACUCAGCCUUUGGAGGACUCCUCUGUGGCCCCCGAGACCUUCACCGACGGUCUCCCCCUCCCGAAGUUGAUCGCUUUCGACCUGGACUACACCUUGUGGCCGUUUUGGGUAGACACACAUGUCAGCGCCCCUGUCAAGGCACGGGACAACAACUCCCGCGCAGCAGACCGAUGGGGAGAGUCCUUCGCCUUCUAUCCGGCAGUCUCAUCCAUAGUUUACGCCUGCAAACAUCGCUCGAUCCCACUGGCCCUUGCGUCCCGAACACAGGCCCCUGAUCUGGCGCGCGACAUGCUCAAAUCCCUGCAUAUCAUCCCCACCUUCUCGGAUAACCCCGCCGCGAACGCUAAGACCAUCCGCGCUCUCGAUUACUUUGAUUUUAUCCAGAUAUACCCCGGAAAUAAGACUACGCAUUUCUCGAAAAUCCAGCAGACUAGCGGUGUUGCUUAUGAGGAUAUGCUGUUCUUCGACGACGAGGCGCGCAACCGGAACGUGGAGACGGAGUUGGGGGUUACAUUUUGCUUGAUUAUUCCAAUAUUUGAAACUGCAUCGUAUACCUCGAUCUAUCUGUCAUGGAUGGAUGGAUGGAUGGAUGCUGCCCAGGCCCUAUCUCCCCGGACACCACCUCCUCUGACACAAGCCACUGAGAUGGCGACCCUCAAACCUCCAACAAAUACCCACCGCUCUUCCUCCUCCUCUCACAGCUCUGGGCCACCAAAAGCCCCCCUCAAAGUCGACCCAACAGCCACAAUCGCCGACACAGUCGCCUUCCAAGGCCGACACCUCGUCACCAUCGGCGCAGGGACAGUCAUCCACCCGCGCGCCAAGUUCUACGCCUACGAAGGCCCAAUCAUCGUUGAGGACGGCUGUAUAAUCUGCGAGAAAGCGGUAAUCGGAGCUCCGCCAGCAUCAUCUCGCUCACCGACGCCGUCUAGACCAACAAGCACAACACCCACCGAGUCGGGGGCGUCGACACCUGAGCCUAGGAAAGAGACAUCGACGCGGAUCUCAUACUUUGUUACUGUUGGUCCGUUGGCCACGGUCGAACCCGGAGCUCAUAUUCAUUCUUCUGCUACGAUCGAGGCUCUAGCGACGAUUCGCCGCGGUGCGGAUAUCGGUGCGCACUCGAAGGUGUGUUCUGGGUGUGAAAUUGCCGCUGGUGGAUCUGUUGCCGAGUGGGUUGUCGUGUAUGGGCAGGGCCCGGGAAUGCGGAGGAAGAGAGCUCGUGGUGUGAAGGAAAUGAGUCCGGCUGUUGUGGGUGCGGCGCAGGUUGCGCAGACGCCGCUUCCUGGUCCUGCGCCGGCGGGUAAGGUUAUUGAAGAUGCGAGGUUGAUGGUUUUACAGAAGGAGAGGGAGGUCCUUGGAAGAAUGCUUGUUCCUGCUGCUGGGGGGAGAAAGAAGUGA